UGCAGCAUAAACUGUGACGUUUUCGCGGGAACCGUUUCUCCUGCUCUCUGUGUUGACAACAAAACCGUUGAUAUCUGGAAAUAUAACUUAAAACCUGGUUUAAAACAGCAAACACCAAAAGCUUGACUUUCCCUCUACGAAGGACCGUCAUGUUCUCCGACAUGAGCGCCGGGAAGCCGGGCUCCUCUCUGCUGUGCCGCCCGGUCUCGGAGGACCAGGCCCCGGUGUUUGAGCGGGUGUCGCCGGCCUACAAUCUGUGCUCCGAGCGCUACACGGUCGGGGAGCGGAGCUUCAGCCGCCAGUAUGCUCAUAUCUACGCGACACGACUCAUGCAGAUGAGGCCCCUGCUGUCAGAGAGAGCGCAGCAGAAGUGGGGAUCAGACGUGCUCAUCAGGAAGCUGUGCGAUCUUCAGACAGGGGAGCAGUGUUGCAUUGUGGGAACGUUGUUCAAGCGUAUGGAGCUGCAGCCUUCGAUCCUGAAAGAGAUCAGCGAGGAGCACAACCUGCUGCCUCAGCCGGCUCGAGUCAAAUUCAUCAGCGACACGGACGAGCUGAUUCUGGAGGACGAGCUGCAGAGGAUCAAACUGGAGGGAAACAUCCACAGAGACAAGUGUGUCACAGGAAGUGUUGUUGCCGUAUUCGGAGCCGAGAAGAAUGACGGGAAGUUCACGGUUGAGGACUUCUGCCUCGCAGAUCUUCCUCUGCAGACACCGAGACCUGUACUCACCUCUGACCGGUUUGUUCUCCUGGUCUCUGGACUGGGACUCGGCAGCAGUAAUGCCGACAGCAUGCUGGGUCUGCAGCUGCUGGUUGACAUGGUAACGGGUCAGCUGGGCGGCGAGGGCGAGCAGAGCGGAGCAGCGAACAUCUCCAGAGUCCUGCUGGCUGGAAACCUGCUGAGCCAAAACACCCAGGACAAGGACGCCCACACCAAGCCCAAGUUCCUGACCAAGAAGACGCAGGCGGGCAGCGUGGAGGCCAUGCGUUUGCUGGAUGAGCUGCUGCAUCAGCUGGCGGCGUCGGUUCCCGUGGACGUGAUGCCGGGCCAGUUUGACCCCACCAACUACACGCUGCCCCAGCAGCCUCUGCACCGCUGCAUGUUCCCGCUGGCCUCCGUCUUCCCCACGCUGACGCUCGCCUCCAACCCGCACCAGGCGCACAUCCACGGAGUCAGGUUCCUGGGAACGUCGGGCCAGAACGUGUGUGACAUCCAGAAGUACAGCAGCAUGGAGGAUCACCUGGAGAUCCUGGAGGAGACGCUACGGCUCAGACACCUCGCCCCGACGGCGCCCGACACGCUGGGUUGUUACCCGUUCUACCAGAAAGACCCGUUCAUCCUGGAGGAGUGUCCCCACGUCUACUUCAGCGGCAACGCUCCCGAAUUUGGAUCCAAACUCAUCACAGGUGCGGACGGACAGGAAGUGCUUCUGGUUUGUGUCCCAGACUUCAGCAGCUGCCAGACGGCGUGCCUGGUCAACCUGCGCACGCUGACCUGCGAGCCGCUCGCCUUCUCGGCGUUCUCCGCCCACGAAGAAGACGAGAGCGAGAUGAACGUCAGCCACUGACGGGCCAAAUACUCCCACUCAACAGACGCCGUCGAGACACGUGUCGUCCUUGACAACUAGCUACGGCAACACAUCUUGGACAAAGUGCAAAAACACAAGACUUUCACCCAGGAAAAA